GAUUUUGAUAUAAACCACUGAGAGAAGCACGAAUUCAACCAAUAGCAACGAACCGAUCUGACCAAUCGUCUUUAAGAAUCGUCUUGUUCUGAUCAACUUGACACUUUCAAAUCAGACUGAGUUGACUGGUGAAGCCACAGACAGCAAAGAUUAAGAUUGUCAUAAAUUUGUAUUGAAAUUUCACACGACAGGAUGACUGAGAGAAAAGCAGUUAUCAAAAAUGCUGACAUGGCAGAAGACAUGCAGUCAGAAUCGAUUGAAUGUGCUACAACAGCAUUAGAAAAAUUCAACAUCGAAAAAGACAUUGCUGCUUACAUUAAGAAAGAAUUUGAUAAAAAAUACAAUCCAACAUGGCAUUGUAUUGUAGGACGUAACUUUGGAAGCUAUGUGACCCAUGAAACCAAGCAUUUCAUUUAUUUUUAUUUGGGACAAGUGGCCAUUUUGCUGUUUAAAUCUGGUUGAACAGGAAUGUGGAUAGAAGUUGUUGAUCAAACAGAAAAAAAAAUUACCUACUGAUAUUAAUAUAUAUCACGACCAAAGACUGUUUUUUUCUUGUUUUGUUUUUUUAAUUUUGACCAAUAAUGUUCUGUUUAUACUGACUAUUCAAAAAAUGUUCCUUUAAUUAAAAGUUAAGAUAUAAUUACUGUAUUGUCUCUAUGCUUUUUAGAAUAUAGUUCAAACCUC